AUGUUCGAGUCGGCGGCGGCUGCUUUGAAUACACCACCAUCCCUCCAAGCACGACCUCCAACACCACCCCGAGAAUCUGUUAAUAGCGGACCGAAACCUGGCUCUCUUGGCCUCGAAAAGUUUCACUUCACCAAUUCAAAUCACAGAAGGGCAUCUGCACCAGCCGCUAGUUCUGUCACCACAGACGACUCGCCUCUAGAUAAUCCUGGAUCGUCAAUAAAGUCGGGGAAGAAGAGGGUUCUGUGGUCAGAGUUCACGGAAUACUCAGACCCCCCCACUGCUUCAUUCGACGGAAAGCAUAUCACCCGGAUGGUCCAACCUUUGGCCCCUUCCUCCGAACGAAAACCCUCUAAGUCUAUCCUCAAGACAUAUAAUGUCCGUGAACAAGAGUACAAUGGUGUAGGGCCAAACGCGAAAUUGCUACCUCUCCAUCAUCACGCAUCUUUUGCAGCCAUGCUGGACUCGAUAGUACAACAGUUGGCGGGAAAUGAUAGGAGCUCGAAAAUGGAUGCAUACCUCAUGUUGUCCAGUACACUGAAGGCGUCUGAAAAUGUACCGGACUUGAAGGCAUUGAAGCUUAAGAUGGGAAUUCUGUGCCAAUUAAUUGGGCAGGAUCUUUCUCAGAAGCUGGAGAAUGGCAAGCCCGACACCUCUCUGGUGGUCAAUGCUUUAGUCCUGCUCUCGAGUUUUCUUCAGAAACACGCGGUGUCAGCAAUGUUUCCGGCGGAAUUUUCCGUACAACUUGUGGAUCAUUCUAUCAAGACCUUUGAGGAAGAGGCACCGUCCAAGGAAAUCAUCAAGCAUCUGAUGUUCAUCUUGGCCCAGCAGAACUUCUCCUUGAAAGUCAUGAACGAGAAAAGAGUCGGGAGGUUGAUCACGGCGUUACACAACAUCGGAAGCCACCUCAAAGGCAAGAGCAUUGCUAUGUGGAGGAUCAGCAUAUUUCGGGCAUUAUUGCGGCAGUGUCGUAAUCAUAUGAUGGCCAACUCGUCAUGGUAUGUGGACAUGUUCGACGGCAUGCUCAACAGUCUCAAGGAAAUCCGCACGCAGGCAAUCACAUUCGCUUUUGAGGCUGCCAUUACUCUUGGUAUCGAGAGCAACGCUACCAGGGCCGUUACGCAUGUGUUCGCACAUCAGCAUGACAAGGAAUCUUAUGCGAAACACUACACCGGUAAAUUGGAAGAUAUGUUGAGGAAGAAAGUUGAUUGGGAUAGCGCUACAGUACCACAAAUAUGGAGCAUCGUGAUGUUGUUCUUCCGUUCAAGCCCUAACGCCUUGGAACAGUGGCAAUAUUUCAACUCGUUCCUCAACAUCAUCCAGUUGUGCUUCAACUCUAGCGAUAUACCGACCCGGACAGAAGCUAAUUUUGCCUGGAAUCGCUUCAUAUUCGCCCUCCAACCGAACGAAAAGACUUCUAAAAAGUUCCGCGGUUUGCUUUCUCAGGCUCUCUUCACCCAACUUAAGUCACGCAAACAUGGGCGAAAAGCCGCACUAAGCAGUAUGAAUAUUCUGUUAUAUUACGCACUCAGGCCUCAAUCUUCCGCGACUCAGCUAGAAAUUUACUGGGAUGAAUAUGUCGCUCCUCUCGUGGAUGCGUGUCUGACAUUUGCAAAGGAGCGUGAGGGUCCAGAAGUGGCCAAGCAAGAGGCUAUGGAUGCAUGUAUUAUUCUCCGAUGCCUAUUUGACACGACAACACAACGAAAGUGGUCGGAGACGAGGGCUAUCGAUAGCCUUCAACAAGCUGUCAUGAGCUCGUCAGAACUCCCAGCACUCGAUUCGAAGUGGCUACGCAAGAAUCAUGCUCGAGUUUUUAAGGUCCUGGCGCCGCUGAUGGAGAAGCUAUAUUGGGAUCUUGGCCACGAUACGCCUAUCACACGACUUUGGAAGACCUACAUUGCGUCCAUUUCUUCGCCAGCAGUGACGGAGAUUAGACCUCAUCUUGAUACCAUGUCUUGCAUUGCCUCGAUAUUUGGCAUGUUACACAAAUUUUGGACAGUCGGUGGAGAAAAGCUCGGAAAUUUGCCCCCAGGAAACGCCUUUUCUACGGCCGAGAAGUCAGCAGCGUUCUUGAAAGGAUUCGAAUGCAUCAUUUCUUCAACCAUUGCUGGUCUUCGUUUAUCACCCUUCGAGGGCGAGAGGAAGAUCUCGAUUGCACACGAUUCCUUCUUUGCGGUCGACACCCCAACGCAUCAGCAGCCACGGAAAAUUCGCAACGAAAGCAGGACCCCGUUGAAGCAUCUUGUCUUACUGUGGACCAGUUCUUCGCCUGGGCUGCAGUACAGCCAGCCAUUCAUGGAUAUGGUCCACCGCGUAGUGUCAGAAUUCAUGGGGGCUCGGCCAAAGAAAAACGCCAAGAUGGAGCUUAUCAAAAGUCUCUUCCACCUUUUGCCCACUGAUAAUCGCGACUCGUCUCGGGCUAUUUGGCAAGUUCUUGCCGGCUUUGCCGCUACCAUCAUCAGCAUGAGAGAAGAUCAAGAUAGUGGAAGUGACGAGCAACAACUUGGCGUGGCAUAUAAAGAGCUGGUUGAGAUUCUAAGACUCGGCGUCAAUUUUUCCCCAAAUUCCAUUCCUCACAAUUGGGAGACUCUUUUCGAUGCAUUGAUUACCUCAGUCACUAUCAAUGUCGGCGAUGCAGGGAGGGCCAUCGCUGUUGUUGAGCCCCUCGCCAAGUUUUUUACUACCUCAGUACCAGAUGUCGAUACGGAAUCAAGAGGACUGUUCUAUCUCAGUUUCAUCCUUGAAAGCGCAACUUACCCCAAAGACCGACGGGCUCUGGACGCAGCCUCAAGGAGAUUAACAGGGGGUCCUGCCACCCAAAAGCCCUCGACCUUUGACCCAUACAUUCAUUUGUACGAGUAUGUAAGAAUCGGUUUGGAGACAGCCUAUGACACCCACUCUACUGAUCACCUCUCCGAGAACGCGGAUAUCGUUUCAGCCACGACAUAUUUGCUAAGGAAAUGUCCCGUUUCGUUGAUUCUGCCUGUUCUUGCCAAACUACAAGCGGGCAUCGCAUGCUGGAUCAUCGAUAGCGAGGCGAAGCUGGAUAGUGGAGAUUUUUUGUCGAAAGAAGUUGCAACCAUGUGGGCGAUGGUAAAGAAGCUGAUUUCUCAAUUGCUCGAUGAUUAUAGUCAUUCGAAGGUUCUGAAUGAGCUGGAGAUGUUGAUUUGCGCGGGGUUAGACAGCAAGCACGAGGGAAUUUUCGCAGGAACUAUUAAAUUCUGGAACGAUUAUUUUGGCUCCUGCGAAGAACCUUUGCACUACCCAGAUUAUAUUCAAGAAAUUCUUCUAAGAGUCCGUCGAGUUGCUGAAAUCCAGCUCCCUUCUUUCCCAGACGACCUUGAUGAGGACCUUUCUGCAGAGACAAGACAACCGAGAGAUUUUCUCGAUACCCAGGAUUCGUUCUAUCCCCCUCCAGAAGAAGAGUCUCCUAUGACAAAGAGAUUGAGGUCAACGACGCCCCAAGUUCUGAUCCAGGUCAGUCGGUCGAUGUCGGCAAAACGAUCUCGCGAGAGUACCCCUACUUUCAGUAAACGGAAGCCAAGAAAACCGGACGUCACGCCACGACUUCGUCAUGAUGACUCGCAGGUCCAAUUCGAAGCUAUUGAGUCUUCGCCAAUGGCAGAUAGAGUCAUGGAUUCUCAGCUUUUGACGGAUAAGCAGAAAGAGACCAAGGAGCGCCAAUACGCUGACCAGGCCAUGUUUCCCGACCUCAAGUCCACUCCGGUGCCUAGAGAGAAGUCGACGCCGAGAGGUCCUGAGCUAGAGCUUCCUACUCAUCGUUCCUCGUCGCAACUGCGGACUAGAAAUGCGGGGAUUGAUCGAGACACCACACCUAGUCUUGUCCUUCCAAGUGACGACGAUGGUUUUGUUGCCUCUUCCCCGACUCCUACACGACCAAUUCGGGAUGAAAGUAGAAUCGUAGACCCUCUAUCAUCUCUACCCGAGGCCGCAUCAAGAAGAGCCAGACCUUACAAGAGCCCCCACAAGAGCCCUUACUUGAAGGCCACUCCAUCUCCCAAUUUUUCACCAGUGUCCGAGAACGGCCAAUCGGUGCUUGUUGGUAAAGCUGUAAAGCCUGUCGCCGAUGAUGAAAUCCCAUCAUCUCCACCGGACACGACGUCUAAAGGCGAUGAGACUAUGGAUCUAGAUCAUACAGCGGAAAUUAAUGAGGCGCGUCUCGGACUUCCAGAGCUUGAGCCAUUGGAUGAGGGUCAAGAAGUUGUCAACGAGACACCUUCCCUGGGACCUUCUGCUCAAGUAAAUCCCUUUCUAUUUACCAACACCACGAUUUCAAGCGUCCAAUUCUCCCUCACGGGACGCCAUAACUCACCUGCGGAAGACGCUCCGUCGGGUCAAUUGAUAGCUCCUCAUAGAGAAGAAGAAGAACCGAAGUCGGCAAUGGAAAUCGACAGCAAAGAAUCCCCACCAGUUGGACUGGAUGCGGAACUUGCGAACCUAAAUGAAUCUGCCAUGAGGCCUAUAUAUGAUUCUCGGCCUCCUGGCACGCCUGCUCAGCACUCUGUCAACCCUAUUAGCCCUCCAAUCGGCGAUUUCAUCGAUACGAACUCCAGCCCUGCUUCUUCCGACAAGCAGGUCUUUGGAGAUGCCGUACCCUCUCCAUUCGUGCUGAGGGGUAGGCCCAUACCAGUCCAGACACCAUCAACUCCAACCGAAUUCGGCAAUGACUCGAGCUUGGUUCGUAUGAUGGCCGAAUACGAUGAACUUGUUGCUACAAGACCCGUUGCCUCAAGACCCGUUGCUUCUCCCACAAACAAUUCUACACGACGAAGUCCUCGAGUAUCUUUGUCGAAGUCGGAAAUUCCACCUACGCCAGAAGUUCGGAUUGCAUCGGCUCGCAAAUCACCAUUGAAGCAAACAACCAACGCCCGGAAUCUCGUGGACAAAGAAAUUACCUAUAAAUCAGAUGCACUCAAGUCUUCUUCGAUAGCUUCGCUGAUCCCAGAUACGCCCGGUGUCAGGGCCAGAAUACCAAUCAUUGGCGAUGAUGGAGUCGAAUACAACGAGGAAGAUACUAUCGUCGUCGACACCUCCAGCCUUGACAGAUACCAGCCUAGAGCCAAGCGUGACAGCAAGAGGGGUAGAAAGCGAAAGCAUCCAGACCUCGACGGAGAUUCGAAUGAAAUACCUGACAGCCAGGACUCCGCGGCUGUACCGGAUAACACUUCACCAAGAAAGUCGUCUCCAAAGAAGAAGAAACGUAGAGGACGACGACCUAAGAGAGCUUCUCAAAUUAAACAUGAUGAGUCACAGUCUCAAGAGGUCGACUCGAGUCAAGAUAUGUAUGAUGGAUCGGUCGAUCUCGAUGCACCAGUGUCGGGAACGAACGUCGACGGCACUGCGGUGUCGUUUGCUGACGCUGAGAUGGAGGACAUCGACGGAGAGGUCGCCCGUACAAGCACGCAGAGCUCCGAACAUCCAGUCGAAGGAGAGCAUGCUCGAAGUGACAAGCAGACUCUCGGGGAAGUUGAGUCUAAGCUUUCUUCGACUGGUGGCGUCCAUGGACCCAAGGAGACGCUUUUCAGGGGCCUCGAAUUCUGCCAAACUACUGAAGAGUCUUUAAUUGAGGAUACCAUGGCAGAUUUGGAGCCCGAAAUUGAACAACAAGUUGCUACCGAAGGUAGCGUUGACAAAGGUUCUUCAGGCUCCUACGGGACAAACGACCCAUCUGUCGUCAUCAUUGAAGAGACGCGCGUCGAAGAUUCCAGCUUUUUACGCAAAUCUAGCUCGCCCGUCAUUGAAGAAAAAGUUAUCGGUGAUUCGAUUUCGUUGGAUAGCUCUGGCUCAAACGCCGAGACGGGGGUCAGACCUGAGGAGGAGGUUGUAUCGCGCGAGGUUGUCAUAGUACAGGCCUCUGCCACAGAGCCGGGAGUCUUUUUAGGGGCCCAAACUAAUGUGGAAGCGCUUGUCACAGUUGAAAGCAUGGCCCACAAACUUCAGAGUUUGCUCAAGGACUUGCAGACGGCGUCGCUGAGCAGAGAGGACGUGAACAGACUCGAGGAUUUAUUUAUGGAUGCGAAGGGGCACUUGUAUGAUGCUGCACGGAGGGGCCGGCGAUCAGCGGAUAAGGGUUUGUAA